CCUCGUUUAAUUGGCUAGAAACCGACAAGGUGGGCAAGCUGCGCAUCUAGCAUUAGUCUGCGUUCAGCUUUGUACUUAUUCUGUGUGCGUUUUUUAGUAAGACUCGACCAGUCAGACUAGAUUUACCGUUAGACGCAACGUGUGCGCUGCAAGAAGCGCAAGAAUAACAUUAACAACUCAUAAACUUGUUGUCCAACACAAAAAACAAUAAAAUAAAAGUUUAAAACAAUUGUUUAAGUGUGUAAUUGUUACUUUUGUAUUCAAAUUCAUCAUGGGGAGUAUAUGUUCGGCAACCUGCAGAUCAACUGCGCGUCUUGAUGGCAAAACGGCCGUCAUCACCGGAUGCAACACCGGAAUCGGCAAGGAAUGCACCAAAGAUUUCUACAUCCGAGGCGCAAAAGUAAUUAUGGCGUGUCGAAGCCUCGACAAGGCUUCCGAGGCGAUAGAUGACAUUAAAGUUCAAUGCAAGGAUGUUCCUAAUCUUGGGUCUUUGCAAGCUGUUAAGUUGGAUUUGACAAGUUUGAAAUCUGUGCGUGAAUGCGCUGAUUCUCUGCUUAAAAGUGAAGAGAAAAUCGACAUUUUGUUGAAUAAUGCUGGUAUUAUGGCUUGUCCGCUGUACAGGACUGAAGAUGGCUUUGAAAUGCAAUUUGGUACUAAUCAUCUUGGGCAUUUCUUGUUUACUAUGCUCUUGAUGCCGAAAAUACUGGCGAGCGAUUAUAACCCGGCGAGAAUUGUUAAUGUUUCAUCAACUGCGCAUACUAGUGGUGAAAUGGAUUUCAACGACUUAAACUACAACACUAAGAAUUACAGCGCUGUUGGAGCGUAUGGGCAAAGUAAACUGGCGAAUAUUUUAUUCACCACUGAAUUGGCACGUCGCCUGGAAGCCGCUGAUAUAAAAAAUGUGCAUACGUACACUCUGCAUCCCGGUGUGAUCCAUUCCGACCUUGGCAGACAUCUUUCCGAUAGUUUCAACGUCUUCAUCACUGUUCCAUUCAAACUCUACGCGAAGGUAUUCGCGAAGAGUGUGGUGCAAGGCGCGCAGACUAGUAUCCAUUGCUGUGUUGCGGAAGAAGCCGCUAAUGAAACGGCUAAAUAUUACAAGGAAUGUGCGCCGGCGCGUUACUCCACCAAUGCCGGAAAACCGAAGAUGCGAAACGUCUGUGGGAGGAAUCCUUGAUUUUGACUGGUCUCGGCGCUGAUUUCAAUCCGUUCAAACAGCAAGCGCCUUAAAUUAUUACUUAAGUUUAAGUUUUUAAGUUAUAUAAGAUAUGAUAUUCAAUUAUUAUUUAAAUUUGAAUUUUUGGUGUUUUUGGUAUAUGCACGUGUUUUUGUAAAUGCAA